AUGGCGGCGGCAGUAGCGCCGACAGCCGUGCUUUUGCGGUCGUGCGGCACGGACGGCGUGUGCAUGCAAUGCAACACGCUGCCGCCCGACGACCGCGUGCUCGUGUGCGACGCGUGCCGCGGCGAGUGGCACAUGCCGUGCCUCGUUCCGCCCCUUACCGCCGCGCCCGCCGGAACAUGGCACUGCCCCGACUGCCACGAGGUCGAGGCAGCGAUGAACCGCGCGCCCGGCGGCGACGGCGGCGGAGACGGCCGUGCCGCGUCUGAUACGGCGGCCGGCGGGGCAGAAGCGCUGAGAGAGGCAGAUGCCGCGGCGGCAACUGCGGGAAGCGGCGGCGAGGGCGAGCUGCGCGCGAGAAUCCGUGCGAUCCAGAGCGACGCGUCGCUGAGCGACGCGGAGAAGGCGAGGCAGCGGCAGGCGCUGGUGAGCCGCCAGGCGACGACGACCGCGAGCGAGAGCGGCGGCGGGACGCGCGCGGACGGGGCGGGUGCGACGGCGAGGGGCGCAAACGCGGCAGAGGCGGCGGAGGCGGCGGCUGCGUGUUUCAGCGAGGCGAUGAAGUGCCCCAUCUGCCACGACCUCGUCGACCGCCCCGUCACCGUGCGAUUCUCUCCAUUCCCCUCCCAUCACCGUGCGAUUCUCUACACUCCCCUCCCGUCACCGUGGGAUCUCCCUUCUUGUCCUCCAACCCCCUGCGGUCACAACUUCUGCCUCGUGUGUUUCCGCAAGUGGCUGGCGCAGGGUAAGCGCAGCUGCGCCAAGUGCCGCCGCGCGGUGCCGCCCGACAUGAUGAAGCAGCCGCGCAUCAACCCCGUCAUCGUCGCCGCCAUCCGCCACGCCAAGGCCGCCGCCGCCCGCGCGGCCGCCGGCGGGCUGUCCACGUCAGCAACACCGGCGAAGCAGUUUGAGCCAAUCUGCAACGAGAAGCGGCCCGACCAGGCGUUCACCACGGAUCGCGCCGUGCGCAAGGGGCUCUCUAACGCGGCCUCGGGCCGCAUAUUCGUGACUAUAGCGGGGGACUUUUUCGGGCCAAUCACGGCGGAGUACGAUCCAGAGAGGGGGACGGGCGUGGAGGUGGGCGAGACGUGGGCGAGCCGGCUGGAGUGCCGGCAGUGGGGCGCGCACCUGCCGCACGUGGCGGGCAUCGCGGGGCAGUCCCACCAUGGCGCGCAGUCAGUGGCGCUGUCGGGGGGGUAUGAGGACGACGAGGACAACGGCGAGUGGUUCCUCUACACUGGCAGUGGGGGCCGGGAUCUGAGUGGCAACAAGCGCACCAACAAGGUGCAUGCGUUCGACCAGCGCUUUGAGAAGAGCAACCAGGCGCUCCAGCUCAGCUGCCUCAAGGGCUACCCCGUGCGCGUCGUCAGGUCGGAGAAGGAGCGGCGGUCCAGCUAUGCGCCACAGGCGGGUGUGCGGUACGACGGCGUCUACCGCAUCGAGCGCUGCUGGCGCAAGAAGAGUGCCGUGGGCUUCCUCGUGUGUCGCUACCUCUUCGUGCGCUGUGACAACUCGCCUGCCCCCUGGACCAGUGACGACGUGGGCGACAGCCCGGGGCGGCAGCUGCCGAAGGUGGCGGAGUUAAAGCACGCGGUGGACGUCACCGAGCGCACCGGCCCGCCCGCCUGGGACUGGAUUGAGGAGAAGCGGCAGUGGGGGUGGGUGCGCGCGCCCCCAGCAUGCACCAAGCCCAUCGGUGGCACCAGCACGGCGUGGCGUUCUGCCAAGAGGCUGGCAGUGGGCAGCACGGGCGAGGCCGUGAAGAAGCGACGGGCGCUGGCACAGAAGAGACUCGCUAAAGACUUCGCGUGUCUGCUGUGUGGGGGAGUGCUGUGCGACCCGGUGUCCACGCCCUGCCAGCACAGCUUCUGCCUCGCGUGCCUGCAGCAGCGCUUCCACGGGCAGGCCGACACGCGCGACCGCUCCAAGACCGCGGGGCGGUCGCUGCGAGCGCAGAAGAUCGUCAAGCAGUGCCCCGCCGCACGCUGCACUGCUGACAUCGCAGACGUGCUGUCCCGGCUGCAGGUGAGGGGGUGGGUGUGA